AUGCCGGGAACAACUCAAAUGGGGAAAAACUCCAAUUCCAUUCGAACCGAGAUAAGGUGGCUUUUCAACAAUUCUGUCAUUAAUUAUCUCGUACGAACAGUAUGGAUGGUUGCCAUAUUUUCAUCAUUAAUCAAUUUUGUACAGGCAAGCCCUAAUCAUACCGAAGCAGAUGCUAUCAAAAAUUGUGUUGAUGGUAUGAUUAUACCUAUUUGGCGCCCGUUUUUACAUCUAAGCAUUGGAGAUCGUAUAUUUCGUGGUAUAACAUUCUUUUUCAUCAUUGCCUAUCUAUUUCUAGGCGUAUCUAUCGUUGCCGAUCGUUUCAUGUCAUCUAUUGAAGUUAUAACCAGCAUGGAGAGGACAGUACAUGUAAAAAGGCCAGGCCUAGAACCAUUAGAAAUAAAAGUGAGGAUAUGGAACGAUACCGUUAGCAAUCUAACGUUAAUGGCACUUGGCUCAUCUGCACCUGAAAUUUUGCUAUCAAUCAUUGAGGUAAUAGGAAAAGGCUUCAAUGCUGGUGAUUUGGGGCCAAAUACCAUUGUUGGUUCAGCAGCAUUUAAUUUAUUUAUGAUCAUUGCCAUAUGCGUAAUGGCUGUACCAAAUGGUGAAGUUCGGCGCCAAAAACAUUUGGACGUAUUUUGUGUCACCGCAGCUUGGUCUUUGUUCGCAUACAUCUGGAUGUAUUUGAUUUUAUCAAUAUUUUCGCCAGGUAUUAUCGAAAUAUGGGAAGGUUUUUUAACAUUUUUCUUCUUUCCGAUUACAGUAUUAACUGCUUAUGUAGCUGAUAUCAAAAUCAUACAGAGACGUUUUAUACCACAUCGUUAUCGAAGGACAUUACAUGGAAUUAUUUCAACAGAAGGAGAACAAAUGGAAAUACUAGAAAAAAAUGGUUAUCUCAAAGGUAGUAAAAUUGAUCCAGCUGUAAAAGCAUUCGAAGAUAACCGAAGAACGUUUAUCGAAAUUAUGCGCGAAAUCAGGAAAAAGAAUCCACAGAUUGAUCCAAUUGAACUACAAAAGCAGGCCGAAUACGAAAUGAUCAGUCGUGGUCCAAAGUCGCGGGCUUUUUAUAGAGUGCAAGCAACUAGACGAUUGAUUGGUGGUGGACAUGUGAUAAGAAAGCAACUUGACAAGGAAUAUCAUAAAUGUGCCAUUGCUCAAGAACAAGAGAGACAAUUACGAGCAAAUAUCUGCAAAAUAUUUUUUGAUCCAGCUCACUAUACGGUGCUUGAAAGUGUGGGGACAUUCGAUGUUGUGAUCGGCCGAGAUGGUGGCCCUGAAGGGCUCACAGUUAUGGUUGAUUAUUAUACGGAAGAUGGUACUGCCAAUGCUGGAAAUGAUUAUAUUCCGAUUAAAGGAACACUAAUUUUCCAUCCAGAAGAUAAAACACAAAAAGUGACGAUAGAAAUUGUGGAUGAUGAUGUUUUUGAAGAAGAUGAGCACUUUUAUUUGCACUUGAAUAAUUUAAGAGUGCGUACUAAAGAUGGCCUGGUACUGGACCCAGUGAAACUUGGCGGUAUACCGCUAGCUACCCUUGAACUUCCUUCCACUGCUACAGUCAUGAUUCUUGAUGACGAUCAUGCUGGUGUAUUCUCCUUCGAGCAUGAUCAUUUCCAAAUUGUUGAAAACUGUGGUUACUUAUCGCUCAAAAUUCAACGAAGUUCAGGAUGUCGCGGCAAAGUUAUUGUACCGUAUAGGACAGUUGAUGGUACUGCGUUCCGCGGGAAGCAUUAUGAGUUCGAAAAAGGUGAAGUUACCUUUGAAGACAACCAGACUGAAGCAUUCAUUGAGAUUGGUGUAAUGAACACUGAGCAGUACGAACGGAUGGAUUACUUUUUUAUUGAACUUGAUCAGCCGAUCUGGGCCAAAAAGAUGUCAGAUUUGCGGGAAGUCCAAGAACGUUUCUUGAAGCGAAUAGAAAGAAAGAAAAAUGAAUCACUGAGAAGCUUGAAUAGAAAUAGCAAAUCAUCUGAUUAUGAAGGUAUACUACACGGAACAAAUAAAACAAUACCAUUCUCCAGUAAUUUCGCUCAUACUUUCUCUUCUCCAGAUCUUCUUCAUUUUCCCAAUCUAUUCAAACGACGAAUGAGUUCUUGGUUGACUGUUGAUGGAAAUGAAGAUCCCUUUCUGACCUUUGAUCUCAUCUUUAAUAACUAUUUGCCUUAA